AUGACGACCUCGAAUCAGAACGUCGAUAACAUCGACGCCCUCCUCGACUUCAGCGAGUAUGACAAUAUGUCUUAUCAGUCUCCCUCGCUCUCUCCUGCGGCGACCGCCAAGAACACCUUCACUCGCCCAUCAGUCAGCACCGUCGCGACCCCGACGAUGCCGUCCGCAUCACAACCCCUUACUGGCCCCAGCCACCAGUAUGAUCUCUACAAGCAGCAGACUGGCAUCGUUCCCGGUGCCCUCGCCAGCACCCUGGCUGUGAACGAGGCCAACUCUCAUAUCAGUGGCUACAACAGCGGCUAUGGAAUGGACUACUUGGGCAAUGGCUUGAGCCCGGAGAACGACAUGUUUGACUUCAACACAUCGCCCUCCCAAAACUCUACCGGCUUGGAUAUGGAUAUGGAGUUUGACUCCCCUCCGGACUCCCAGUACUUCUUCCCCAACCCCACCGUCAAUCCCACUGCCAUCGGCGGACAAGAGUCUCCCGUGGUCCCCUCCCAGCAAAGCAACGUGGGCCGCCUCUGGCCCGGCAUGCACUCCCAGGCUGCGCUUGCCAAGGCCCAGGCCCAGCAAAGACAACAGCAGCAAAUUAUCCAGCAGCAGCAGCAGCGUCAGCAGAUGGGCCAGAAGCAGCGCACCAAGAGCCAGCAGCCUACCGACCCCAUUGUUGAACAGAAGAUCACCCAGCUCCUCAACUCCAUGCGUGCUAAGCCCGCUCAAGAGGGCGACAGCCCCACUCCUCUCAUGAACCUGCCUAGAUGCAAGAAGGACGAGGAGGAUAUGGACGAGGAUGAGAGACUUCUCGCUAGCGAGGAGGGCAAGAAGCUCAGCAGCAAGGAGCGUCGCCAACUCCGCAACAAGGUUUCCGCCCGCGCCUUCCGUUCCCGCAGAAAGGAAUACAUCACUCAGCUCGAGGCCGAGAUUGCCAACAAGGUUUCCGAGAAUGGCGAGCUUCGCCAGCACAACCGUGCUCUCCAGGACGAGAACAAGCGCCUGCAGGAUCUCACCCGCAUGCUCCUCGCUUCUCCCUCAUUCUCCAACUUCCUUGACCACCUCAGCACCAACCCCCAGCCCGCCCCUCAGCAGCAGCAAGCUCCCGCCGUCAAGGUUGAGAGACAAGCCGAGCAGCGCCAGAUUCCCAAAGACAUCAACCCCUACGCCAACCAGACCCAGCAGCAGCAGAUCGGCAUGGCCAUGCUCCCUGAGCAGAACAUGGACUUCUCCAUGCUGAACAUUGACAACGACGCCUACAACUUCCAACCCCAGGUCUUCGCUGUUCUCGAGACCCCGGAUGUUCCCGUUACCAUUGACACCAACGUUCUCUCCGGAAAGUCUUCCAACUUUGUCGGCGAGCAAUUCGAGUCUGAUGACGAGAAGAUCGAGCUCCCCACUAUUGAGGCUCCCAAGGUCCUGGCGCCCGAGGUUCAGUCCCAGGCUCCGGCGACCGAGGAGGUCUUCGAUGACGAGUUCGAGAACGACCCUGAGUUCGCUCUGUACCACUCUGCUCCUGCCCCUGCUACCGUAUCCCCUGUCGAACUUGACACCGAAGCCCUCUCACAACCCGAGAUCUUCGGAGGUGUCGAAGCCGAGAAGGUUCUUGCCCGCUACGAGCUCGUCGAUGCAUCAGAAGAUGAGAAGAACGCAUGUGUGGCCAUGGCCAAGGUGCAACGCAUCGACGCCGCGCUUCAACCAGUUCUCGCCAGAUUGGAGUCGCUUUUCCUCUAA